UCCCAACUGACUCCAACGCCUUCCUCACUCCUCCCGCUGAAUUGCACGAUCGGCGCGAUAACCUUUGCGACGCAUUGACUUUCGACUCGCGACUUCCAUUACGUCUGCGGCGACCACGUUUUCCUUUUCAUCAUCAACAGGCAGCGGCGAACAACACACCGGAAGAAGUUUCGUGACCGCCACUCCCGCAACGACGACCACUCUGCCAAACACCCCAAAUCUUUUCCGCCUGCUUCGGGUCUUGGGUGUGUGAGGGCCGACGUAAGAUUGGAGCCGGGUCAUUACAGUAUGGUAUUAACACACACAAGAACCGCCUCUCCUCGAGAUCCCAACAAGUUUCCCACCACUCAGCUCUUUCUGCUUGCACUCGUGCGGUUGUCAGAGCCUAUUGCAAUCACAUCCAUCUUCCCGUGGGCCUGGAAGCUCGUUCUCCACUUCAAUGUCGGCGACAAGAGCAAUGCCUCCUUCUACGCUGGCAUCCUCAUCUCCGCCAUGUCUCUUACUGAGACUCUCUUCUGCUACUUCUGGGGUGGAAUGAGUGACAAGUAUGGCCGGCGUCCCGUCGUCCUCAUUGGAUGCAUCGGCACCAUUGCUUCUCUCCUCGUGGUAGGCUUUGCACCCAACUUUUGGAUUGCUUUGCUUGGUCGUUGCCUUGCAGGCGCGCUCAAUGGCAAUGUAGGUGUCAUCCAGACUAUGGUUGGCGAGAUUGUUGUCAAUCCCAAGCAUGAACCCAAAGCUUAUGCUGUCAUGCCAUUCGUCUGGAGCGUCGGCACGAUUCUGGGUCCUUCGAUUGGUGGUCUUUUCGCGGAGCCUGUCGACAACUUUCCGAACUACUUUCACAAAGGUGGUCUUUUCGACAAGUUCCCAUACCUGCUGCCGAACUUGAUCUGUUCCGGUCUCAUGCUGAUCUCUGUCAUUGCCGGCUACUGCUUGUUGAUGGAAACCCAUCCCGACAUGCAGCCAUGGAGCACACCGCAAGACCUGGACGAGACCGAUGCCGAGACACCAAUGCUUCCAGCUCAAGCGGGCCUGACCACUUCCGGAGCCAACUUGUCGCACGAGAGCUACGGCACUUUCAAUGCAGUGGAUGAGGAAGUGGUCGAGGAGGAAUGGGAUAUCAAGGCUGAUGGCACGAGCCGUACACCGAGCCAGAACAGCCGUACCGAUGAGAGAAAGGUCUUCACGAGACGAGUCAUCAUGCUUACAAUGGCGCUCGGCAUCUUCACCUACCACUCUAUGACCUACGAUCACUUGACGCCAAUCUUCUUCCAAGACGAACGCGUCCCAGCUGGAGGCCGAAUCAUGAGAGCAAUGCUCGAGGCUCCCUCCUCACCAUAUGGCUCACUUGCCGGUGGUCUCGGCCUCAGCGUGCGAGACACAGGUGUCAUUCUCAGCUUCAACGGCAUCAUCGCACUCGUUGUGCAAGCACUGAUCUUCCCUCUCGUUGUCACCUGGCUAGGCUCUUGGAAAACUUUCAUGAUGACUGCGAUCGGACAUCCUCUUGCAUACUUCAUCGUCCCAUACUUGGCCCUGCUCCCGGAGAAAUGGCUCUACCCCGGAAUUUACGCCACCCUCUCCGUACGAAACUUCUUCUCCAUCAUCGCAUACCCCGUCCUCCUCAUCCUCAUCAAAGAAGCUUCCCCCAGCCCUCGCUGCUUCGGCAAAAUCAACGGCUUGGCUGCUUCCGUCGGCGCAGGUGCCAGAUGCAUGGCUUCCCCUGUCGCCGGAUACCUGUACAGUCUCGGCAUGAAAAUGGAUUGUACGGCGAUCGCAUGGUGGGCUUCUGCACUUGUUGCUCUGAUCGGCACUGUUCAAGCUUUCUUCAUUAACAGGAAGAAGAGCGGCGAGAAUCAUCACGUCGAAGCCGUUGUGCCUUUCUUGCCUGAACAUCCGCGACAUCGGGAGUCGAGGCCUUCGAUUGUGAGGAUUCGGGUGCAGGAGGGAGAUGAUUCGGGGUAUUCGAGUUUGGAUGAGAGGACGCCUUUUGCUACGAGGGUGGUGAGGAGGGGUUAGGGUGCAUGAGAAUAGUCUUGUGGGAGAUGAGAUUCUUAGAAGAUGAGAAAGCUUUUUGGCGCUCGUUUCUGGACUGCUGCGUUCAAGCGGGCGCGAUUGGACUGGGUAUGAAUAUAGAGAAUGUUGGCAUUAGGCUCCCAGAUGAAGCUAUGAAUUGAUUAGUAUUGAUUAUAGACGGACAGACAGGAUAUGAAAUGAACAUUCAUGAAAAUGAACUUUUGAGGGGUGGGAUUCGUUUGAGGGGAAUUGUGAGCGGGUGUUCAUC